GAGCAGAAUUUUGGAAAAAGUAAAACAACCUAACAAAGAACCGAUUGUUUUGAUAAAAAGUAGCCCGGUCUGGUCAAUUGAUAAAGCGGGCGGAUGGCUUGCAAGGUGUUCAAAUCUUAAGGGUGAAGCGUUCAAAGAAAAAGAAAAUCUGUGUUUCAUUAUGGAAUCAGCACUUUCCCAAACAGCACGUAAGUUAUAAUUUCCAAGAGAACUGAAGGCGAUGGGUAGAAAUUCAGAAUAACCAACUAACUUCUGAGGAGAAAUCUAUGAUAUUGAGUGUAUAUUCCCCUGAAGAUAUAUUACUUGCUCUCGAAACCAACCAGCAGCUGCUAACUGCUAAGUACUACUUCAUCCACUGCCAAUCAUGCUCAAAAAUUUCUCAACGUUAUAUCAUAUAUAUGGAUCCUAACAGCACAACGGAAGCCUGCGCUAGCUUGAAUGAAAAACUGACGAAACUCAACGCGGGGGCAGAAUCAGAAUGCACAAUCUACAGAGUUCAUAAACAUUUACGGAACGUGAAUCCCAAUGCUUACGAGCCCGAGGUGAUCGCUAUUGGUCCUUAUCACUGCAACAAGGAUCAUCUAAAAAUGAUGGAAGAUCACAAGCUACGUUACUUCCAGCACCUCAUCAGAAGGAAACCUUCCAACAGUGUGGAAAGAUACGCAGCAUGUGUGGGCAGAUUGGAAGCCGAAGCAAGAAAAUGUUACGCAGAUGAGCCUACAAGCCUGAGCCCAAGCGACUUCAUACAAAUGCUUGUACUAGAUGGAUGCUUCAUCGUUGAGUUAUUACUGAAGCGCGACAUGGUGUCCCUGAGGGAGAAGAAUGAUCCCAUCAUCCAAAUGGACUGGAUGAUUAUUAGCGUGCAACGCGAUUUAAUGCUCUUCGAGAAUCAACUCCCAUUCUUCGUCUUGUGCGAGCUGUUCGACCUGAUUCAUGAGGCUCCCGGCCAGCAUAGUAUGUUGCGGGACCUUCUCCUGCGAUUCUUCGACGAUCUGUAUCCUGGGAAAAACUACAGAGGAGAAGCGAGCGUAGCUCCUCGUGAGGUGAAGCAUUUGCUUCACUUGAUCCAUCGUAAUUGGCUUCCCCGCGGCACGGGCACCAAGAAAAAGGAUAAGAGGUUGCAGUUCAUCAACAGCGCAGCGAGGCUUAAAGAGGCUAAUGUCAGGUUCGAGAUAUCUGAGCCAGAAGCUGCGUUGUUCGAAGUGAGGUUCGAAAACGGGGUGAUGAUCAUGGCGCCUCUGUGGGUCGAGGACAAGACCGAGUCGGUCCUCCGGAAUCUCGUCGCGUACGAGCAGUACUUUGGGCAGGAUCAGGAGAAUUUCGUGACGGAUUAUGUCAUGUUGCUGGACUGCCUUAUUGAUUCCUCCAAGGAUGUGGAGAUACUGUCGCGUGACGGAAUCGUGAAGAACUGGAUGGGCGAUGAGGAAGCCGUGGCGAAGAUGGUGAACAAGCUGGCUGAAUCGGUGGUUGUGCCCUACACAGGCUUCAUCUAUGCGGAGAUGUUUGAGAAUGUGGAAAAGCAUUGCAGGAAAAGAAUGAAUAGGUGGAUGGCCACGUUGAGGCGUAAUUAUUUAAGUAGUCCUUGGCUUAUUAUGUCUCUAUUUGUUGGUGCAGUACUGCUGCUUCUGCUCACAUUCAUGCAAACAGUGUUUACCAUAUUACAGGUGGUUUGAAUUAGAAGAGCGACUCACCAUUUCUGCGAUGUAAACUAAUUUGAGUUUGACCAUUUCUGCUACA